GGGGCUUUUUCCUUUACCUUUUGUUUGAGAAAUUUUGAACAUAACACUACAUUCAGUCCAGGAGAGGAAAGGUAUAAAAGACAACAUGGCGUCAUCUUAGACUAUACCGUCUUCAGUCCUCAUCUGUUCCAAAACGUUAUGAACUAAACCGUGAAAUACAAAUCGUUGAUAAUUAUGCGUUGUAUCCAUAUUUACACCAUUAUAGCAUCAGGUUAUGAAAGCAGAACGUUAUAAACACUUCCUCUGCUCUAUGAAGUAGUUAUUUAAUUAUUUAAGCUUUAGUCGUCCCUGUUGGAUGAUUAUUGAGCCUACAAGUUUAAAUGUGUUCCCCUGUUGUCUCUGCAGCCCCCCCCCCCGGCGGCGUCAUGGCGUCCCGGCUGCUCGACCGUCUGAAGCGCUCCUUGUUUAAAGACGGUCAGGGGGCGGGACCUGAACAGGAAGCCCCAUGUGGACAGGAAGAGGAGGGGUUUAAAGAGGAUGGCUGGGAGGCGGAGCUGGAGGAGGAGGAGUGUGUGACCGAUCGGUUGGGGGGGACGCUGUGCUUCGACGGUGGCGGAGGAGGAGGAGGUGAAGGAGGCGAGGACGGAGGCGAGGGCGAAGGAUCGGGGCUGGACAGCGACUCCGACUUCCUGGGAGAGUCGAUGGAGGAGGGGCUUAGCAGCACAGACACCAGUCCUGUGGGCGUGUCCCCGGUGGGCCCCCCCACGUCCUUCCUGCUGACUCGGCAUCUUCAGGAGAGCUGGAGGACCCUGCGUGGACUCGGUGGAGGAAGUCCCACCUCGACCGGGAGGCAGCUGACAGACGACUUGCUGUUCGAGGUGACGGACGCCAGCGUGGUGACGGACGCCUCCUCUAAAUACGUGCUGUACACCAUCCACGUCAUCCAGUCCGGCGGGAGCGACAAGACUCCGGCCGUCAUCACCCACCGAUACUCCGACUUCCAGCGGCUCCACGCCACGCUGCGUCAUAACCACAGAGACCAGAUGGAGCGCGUCUGCUUCCCGCGAAAGAAGCUGCGCAGGAACUUCACGGCGGAGACGAUCGCCAAGCGGAGCCGAGCGUUCGAGCAGUACCUGUCUCACCUGUGUUCCCUGUCGGCCCUGCGGGGGGCGCUGUGCGUCCGACAGUUCUUCUACCUGACCGACCUGCAGACCGGACAGCUGCUCAUCAGGUAACACUGACGCACCGCUCACAUCAAUGUCCGUUCCAAAACCGGCAUCAAAACAGGAAGUCAGUGGUACAGUAGUAAAGCCCGCCUCUAGCUUGAUUUGAUUGGCCGCCUCGGUCGAUUGUGACAUUGACGAGCUGGUGCUGAAAAUUUAAGAAUCAGAGGAGGAAAAAACACAGUUUUACAAGCGACCAGGCGGCAACUUUCGGUUCUUUAAAGUUCUCCAAAGCUUCAAGCGGCAUUCUCUCUAGUGUCCACCAGGGGGCGACUCCUC